AACCCCGCACUAAUCAUAUGGAAAAUCUGUCCCGGUCAAAUCAAUUGGUUUUUACAUAUGUUGUAGCUUAUGACCUACUGAACAAAAGAUGUAAUGGGCACAAAGCUCAAUAAUGGACAGUUAUCGAGUUAUAACCAGUCAAACAUGAAAAAUUCGGACUGCCGAAUAGUCAAAUCUCGGAAGGUUCGUCUAGCAAGAUCUUAUAUUCAAGAUAAGAUGCAGCGUGAUGCACAAGAAGAAUUUCAAUUGGAUUCGUUGUUUGAUGAACAAGGUUUCAUAAGGGUGCGAGUGUUUUCACGAUUCCGUAAUGCUACAAAACAUCAAAUAUUUAUAGCUUACAACAUAAGAGAUGCAGAUAAUAUAGAUGAUGAGAGGGAGGCGAUUUUUGGUUAUUACUGCACCUGUAAGUCAGGCGCACGGACUGUGGGUACAUGUGCACAUGUAACCAGCGUAUUGUGAUAUUUAGGAUAUGCACGACACCAGCCCAAUGUUCGUUAUCCCUCUUCAUCAUUAUUGAACACAAUAUUAGAUGCCGCUCAGAGACCACCACAGCAGGAUCCAAAUAAUGAGUAAUAUACAAUAAGAUCAUUUAUUUUAUUACCCCACACAUACACACACAGCAGAGAGGGUUUGGAGUCAAAAAAUACUACGGGAGUGACGAACCGUGGGGUCCUUAUCUCUGCUGUGACACAUAAAGAUUUUUGUUCACGGAGCUUUUCAAGGUCAUUCAAAAUUCACAAAUAAUGUCACCAACUAACAGAUUUUGUAAAACCCUACUAUGUUUGUUUCAAACAUUUUUCAAAAAAAUCAAUACCUUCCGAGAUUUGACUAUUCGGCAGCCCGAAUUUUUCAUGUUUGACUGGUUAUAACUCGAUAACUGUCCAUUAUUGAGCUUUGUGCCCAUUACAUCUUUUGUUCAGUAGGUCAUAAGCUACAACAUAUGUAAAAACCAAUUGAUUUGACCGGGACAGAUUUU